AUGGCCCAUGACAGAUCCAACGAUUGUACCUCGUCCGCCGGAGCGAGCUUUGCCUCGACUCGCGCGGAAGCCAUCUUUGUUCCUUCACAUUCACUGGAGAUCCUUCGACCAAAAAUUGAAAAAGUUCGCAAGCAGGCAUCGGAGCUAGGUCGUGAUCCACAAUCCAUCGAAUUCUUCGGCACAUUCACGCCCAUCGUGGGACGAACUGACAAAGAAGCACUGCAGAAAUAUGAAGAACUUAGGAAGUACGCCACCGUGGUCGACGGAUUGGUUCUCUUUAGUGGCUGGACAGGCAUCGACAUUUCCAAUAUUCCCUUAGAUCAAGAGAUCACAACAGCCGACUCACUGGAGGCUGGAAAGGUGACCAGUCUUCUCGACUCGUUAUUCAGUACCAUGGCUAUUGGGAGCCCACAAAUCGUUGCGGAUGAGAUGGAGCGCUGGAUUCGUAAGGCAGACCUCGAUGGUUUCAACAUUGGUUGUGUGACCACACCAGGUACCUUUGAAGAUCUGAUUGAUUUGGUCAUUCCGGAUUUACGGCGGCGAGGUCUCUAUCCUGAGGAUCUGGCUGACUCCGAUGAACCUCUCACUGCUCGGGAGAAGAUAUACGGCCGAGGUCAGAAGGAUUUAGGUGACGAUCGUCCGGGAGCUCGCUACAAAUACGAUGUGUAUCAACAGGAUCCGCCAUAUGUUGAACAAUAA